CGAGCCGUUGCUAUGGGCUCAACUUGAGCUUCAUGGUGAAGGCCACCACGAGUCGCCGGGAGAGUUGAGCGACCCGCCGCCUUUCAUACCAGCCGUGCAACGACAAUACCACCCCCCAGGAGACCGCUACAGUAGAGACGGAGAAGCAAGUUAUAGAGCACAUAGACUAUUUUCUAGCUUGCAGGAUGUUCGAUCUCAUGAUGAGUCGAGGCUGAUUGCCAUCACUAGACGAGUCCGAAGCUUAUGCACCGUUGUCGAUAGCCUUGAGGUGUGGAAUCUCCUGCCCUACUUCACGAACCUUGAGAUGGUCGAGCUACACGGUAUGUUUGUGCAUGGCUUCCUUGAGCUUCAGCUCCAAGGCCGUCGCCUACCGCACCUCCGCUACGCAAAGCUCUUUGGGUACGUCCCACGCGCUGUUGCUACAUGGAUACUCAGAUCCUCCACGGCACUGGAGCGCUUGGAACUGGGGCUUCUGAAUAGACCCAUCUCGGACCACCGGAUAUACGAUCCACCGUUUCCGCCCUUACCUGAGGAAAAACUGGGAGCAGACGACGACGGGGAUUCAGACUACGGCAGCUUGAACGACGAAUAUGUGAUCCCGCGGCCAUUGGGUGGAAUAUUCCCGGACGAGGACAUCAAUUUGCCCGCACUUCGACACUUGCACCUGUGUCAGCCUCGUGGUAUGGAUUGUUAUUGGGGUACUGGUUCAUACUCCUGGUCUUCUCGCGCCGAGAUAGCAUUGUUGACCGACUGGAGGCAUUUACUUCUUACUUCCAGCAAACGACUAGAGACAUUGGUGUUGCAGCAGAGACCCGGUGCCGAAAUGAUCGAGGGCGAUUCAACUAGCAGUGCGGAGUUCCUUCAAAUUGAAGAGACUGGUAUCGGCAGCAAAGAAUUGCUCGACAUGCUCGAGGGUGUUCUGUUUCAAGCUGGCGUCUUUCCUGCCUUGAAAAAGGUGUAUCUUUAUGGCAUCACUGUCGGUCAAGAUGCUGAUCAAAAUCCAUCCGCGUCAGUCCCUGGUGGUCGUUUCAUGUUGCGUUUGAAGGAUCGAAACAUCAGGUGCGAGGCCAGGUUAGGGACAUGGACCCGUUUCGAUUCGGAUGACGGCCAAGCGCUCUGGACGGAGUGGUGCGGAGUUAAUGAAGAUGAUCACGAAGACGAUGAUAGUUAUAUGGAGAUGCGGUGCGAUACUUUACUGGCGAAGGUAUAGGUGGGCAUCAUGGAUGUUAGUUGAAGUCGAUUUGGCCGUUAAUCCCUAUAUCUCUAUUCUUACUUCUGUAGAGUAACAACGAUUAAGGACGAACAACCGGUG